CCAUUGUUCCGGGAGACCCAGCACGGGGCAGGGGGUAAACACCAAAAGGGGAAAUGGGUGGGGAAGUGAAACUCAGCAGCUUCUUCCAACCCUGAUCGGACAGAGCCACCCGCAAUCCCCCCCGCCCGCACUCUCCGCCUCAUUCUCCCUCUCGGGGAAGGUCAGAGACCAAACGAAGCCCCCUGCUCACAGCGCCUCGGCCAGCCUCUGGGAGAGAGGCAGAAUGGCUGGCAGAUUCUGGCUGGCAGCCAGCACCCUGGCCAUGAUCCUGGGCAUGGCAGUCCCUCAGGAGAACGUGUGUCGAGCACCAAACGGCAAAGAUGGCUACCCGGGAGUACCGGGCCUCAACGGGAGGCCAGGGCAGAAAGGCGACAGGGGCGAGCCAGGGUUGCCGGGAAGGAGAUCAGGGAUCCAGGGACCCAAAGGUGAUGAAGGGGAGCCUGGGUCUCCCGGCAUGCCUGGGAACCAGGGCUACAGGGGGCCAAAUGGUUCCCCUGGGCUCCCAGGGCAGCCGGGGAGGAAGGGAGCCAAAGGCAAGGCUGGCAAUAUCAAGGACCAGCCCCGACCCGCCUUCUCGGCCUCCAGGAAGAACCCCCCGACCCGCGGGAACGUGGUGGUCUUUGACAAUCUCAUCACCGACCAGGACAGCACCUACAGCACCCAGACAGGCCAGUUCACCUGCCGGGUGCCCGGCGUCUACUACUUUGCCUUCCAGGUGAUCUCCAGCGGGAACCUCUGCCUCAGCCUCGCCCUCAAUGGGGAAAAGAAGUUGGGCUUCUGCGACAGCAACAGCCGCGGCGCCCUGCAGGUGAACUCAGGCAGCGGCGUGCUCAGGCUGGCCCCGAAAGACCGGGUCUGGCUGGAGAGCGACCCCCGCCAAGGCAACAGGGUGUACGACGGCACCGAGGCCAACAGCGUCUUCAGCGGCUUCCUGCUCUUCCCUGAGACCCAGUGACGCCCCUCAGCCAGCGCUACAGCAAGGCGGCCCCUGCCUCUCCGAGCCCCCACCGCUUCGCCCGCUGGCCUGUGAGAGCCCUGCCGAAGGGUUUCCUGGGGGGCCGCAGGCCAGCCGGCGUGUGCAGAUCCAGCCUUUCCUCCCGCGCCACUCGGGAGAGCGCUGCGCCGGCACACGCGGGGCGCCCUGUGUGCCCUGCAGGGGUGGGAGCCGUCUGCUGAGCUCCCCAGGGCCUGUAUCAGAAUACUCUGUGUCCAGUUCCACGAGUGUAGGGGAUAUAGGCCCUGGCCAGGCGUGACGGCCCAGACCCUGCUCCCGCAGAGCUCCCCUUGGCUUUGAUGGGACCAGGAUCGGGCCCCAAGUGCCUGCCCUGGGAAGCCUGUGCCAUCGCAGGCUGGUUCUGGGCAUUGUGGAACGAGCGCACUCCCAGCAUGCCAAACAGACCGGGACUCCCCACCUGUCCCCAUGGGCUGGCAUCUGGACUGCCCUGGUCACUCGCAGCAGGGGCCUCCCUCCCAGCACCCAAGUGUGAGGCUCCUCAGACAAGGGUGGGCUCCUUCCUCUGGCCCCAUGGCCAUGAUGCCACAGCCCGCACCCCAGGCCUUAGACAAGAUCUGUCUGCAAAGGGCCAAAGCCUGCCAGUGGCCCUGUCCUGCUGCGCACCCCUCUGCCCUGGCCUGCGUCCCUGUAACGUGCCCCUUGCUAGCGCGCAGCCUUGAGAGAGCUGCCCGGGGGACCAGGAUGUGGCGUGCGGGGACAGGGGUGGUAGAUAGGCUGGGUUUGCUCAGCUGCUGGCUGCUCUGUGCCUGGCCUGGAACCCCAGCUAACGCCCUGGGAAGUAUCAUCUCGCCUUCCUGUCAGGUCCAGUCCAUUGCCCACAGCCGGCGCACUGCCUAAAGAGCCACAGCUCCCACUCCAGCCAGGGUCCCCCCUUCCCGGCCAGGCGCUGCCAUUCAGCAUGGACUGUGUGCCUCAGGCCAAGGAGAGCGGUCACACUCGGUGCUCUGUCCGAGCAGCACAGUCCCAGACAGUGCCCCGGUCCCAGGGAGCGGCAGCUCAGAUCUUCCUGCCAGGCUGGUUCUCAUCCCCCUGCCGAAGGACCGGUGUCAUUCCCCCGCUGUGGCCCCUUUAUUCCCUGAUAGGAAAUCACUGUUGGUCGUGGCUUGCGCUGUACUAACCAUUGCAAAUCCGGAGCUGGCUGCAGGCCACCCCUGGCUUUCACACCCUUCCAAUCAGCACAGACGAAUAAACCCUUUCUUUCCCUCGCUCA